CCGAUUCACAAGAACCGAAAAGGUGGGACAGCAAAGGAACCCUACACGUUAAACCUGUCAGACUUUGAUGAAUGUUAAAUUGUCACCCAAUAUGAUGCCAAGAAAUAAUUUGGAUGCCUCGACUUGUAAAAUGACAGAGCCGUUUAACUUUGAGAAAAAGGAAAGCAAGCUUCCACCCCACGAUUCUCUAAGAAGCCCAGGAGCACACGACAGCCAUCCUAAUUUCAGGUUGAAAAGCCCAGAGAGUGGAAAUAAAAACAAUUUUUUGCUUUGUGAGCAAACUAAACAGUAUUUAGCUAGUCAGGAAGACAAGUCAGAGGUUUCCUCAAACCCAACCAGUAUCAGUGGAGAAGUGGUUGGGUCCAAAGAAGACAGGAAGAUAUUACCAACAGGAAACCCAGUGUCCCCAUUAAGUCUUGGAAAUAAUUCACCACCCAACAAGGUAAAAACUAAGCCCAACAAUAAUGUGUUUCCUGAAAAGUCAAAAAAAUCGCACAAGUUGUUUGAGAAUGCCUUGUCCAUAAAUAAUCCAGCACUCUUCAACUCUUUAGGACCUCCCCUUAGGUCUACAACCUGUCAUCGCUGUGGCCUGUUUGGGUCGCUGAGGUGCUCACAGUGUAAGCAGACCUACUACUGCUCCACAGCGUGCCAGAGGAGAGACUGGUCGUCCCACAGCACCAUCUGCAGACCUGUUCAGCAGAGUUUGCACAAGCUCGAAAAGAAUAAAUCAUAUGAAGCAAAGAACACUGAAGUGAAAAAUGAGAGUGAUUGUGUACUCAGAGUUACUAAAGAAGUGGAUACUGGUGCUGGGAAAAUAAUGUUUUCUGAUUUGAGACGUCUACAACUCAAGAAAACCAUGGAAAUAAAGGGUACAGUUACUGAAUUCAAACACCCAAGUAACUUUUAUGUACAGUUGUAUUCCUUGGAGGUUUUAGAACACAUGAACCAACUCUCUACAACCUUAAAAGAGACAUAUGCAGAUAUGGCACAUGAAGACGGUUAUCUUCCUAUUAAGGGGGAAGUUUGUGUUGCCAAGUACACAGUUGAUCAGACCUGGAACAGAGCAGUAAUACAAGAUGUUGAUGUGUUGCAGAAGAAGGCACAGGUCUUGUAUAUUGAUUAUGGAAACGAAGAAGUAAUUCCAAUAGACAGGAUUCACCAGCUCAACAGAAGCAUUGACUUGCUUCCUCCUUAUGCCAUCAAGUGCUUUGUGGCAGAUGUUACCCCAGUGGAGGGCGAUUGGAGCAAUGAUUGCAUCAUGACCAUCAAGUCAUUGUUGCUGGAACAGUUCUGCUCCGUAAAGAUCAUUGAUGUCCUAGAGGAGGACAUAGUCACCUAUGCUGUGGAGGUUGUGCUGCAAAGCUCAGGGAAACUCCUAGACCAGGUACUUGUAGACAUGGGAUAUGGUGUGAAACCCAGCGAGCAGAAGCAAAGUACAGCUCAGAGUGAGUGCACAGGCAAUCCUGAAGAUGCUGGAAAAAUGGCACCUGAAAACAAAAUAGUUGUAGACAGAAAUGCCUUGAUCCCCAAAGUACUAACUUUGAGUGUGGGUGAGGAGUUCUGUGGUGUGGUUGCCCACAUUCAAACACCAGAGAACUUCUUCUGUCAACAGCUGCAGAGUGGUCAUAAGCUUGCUGAACUUCAGGGGUCCCUCAGUGAGUACUGUGGUCAAGUGACUCCACGCUCUGAUUUUUAUCCAACCAUUGGUGAUGUGUGUUGCGCCCAGUUCUCAGAGGAUGAUCAGUGGUACCGUGCCUCAGUUUUGGCUUAUGCUUCUGAAGAAUCUGUCCUGGUUGGAUAUGUGGAUUAUGGAAACCUUGAAAUUCUUAGUCUGAAGAGACUUUGUCCCAUAAUUCCAAAGUUGUUGGACUUGCCAAUGCAGGCUCUAAAUUGUGUGCUGGCAGGGGUGAAGCCGUCAUUAGGGAUUUGGACUCCAGAAGCUGUUUGUCUCAUGAAGAAACUUGUACAGAACAAAAUGAUCACGGUGAGAGUGGUGGACAGGCUGGAGAGCAGGUCCCUGGUGGAGCUUAUAGACAAGUCAGUGACACCUAACGUCAAUGCAUCUAGAGUUCUCAUAGAUGCAGGCUUUGCCGUGGAGGAAAAGGAUAUAGUAGCAGAAAAAGCUAGUGACAUGAAGAAAGCCAGUGUUCCCUUGGCCAUAGAAGGAAAAGUAGAACCGUUGCAGUGGACAUGGGUUGAGUUUGCUGUUGAUGAAACCGUCGAUGUGAUGGUCUGCAUGAUGUACAAUCCUGGAGAAUUUUAUUGCCAUUUCCUUAAAGAUGAUGCUGUGAAGAAGCUCAACGAUUUGAAUAAGUCCUUAGCAGAGUAUUGUCUGCAGAAAUUGCCUAAUGGCUUUAAGGCAGAAGUAGGGCAGCCUUGUUGUGCCUUUUUUGCAGGUGAUGGCAACUGGUACCGGGCCUUAGUGAAGGAGAUCUUACCAAAUGGAAAUACCAAAGUCCACUUUGUGGAUUACGGAAACAGUGAAGAGGUUACUGCAGACCAACUCCAAAUGAUAUCAUCCAAAUUUUUAAUACUUCCAUUUCAAGGGAUACAGUGCUGGUUAGUAGAUAUACAGCCUAGGAACAAACAUUGGACUAAAGAAGCCAUAGCAAGGUUCCAGACAUGUGUUGUGGGGAUCAAACUCCAAGCCAGAGUUGUCGAAAUCACUGAAAAAGGGGUGGGAGUUGAACUCACUGAUCUUUCCACUCCAUAUCCCAAAAUAAUUAGUGAUGUCCUCAUCAGUGAACAUCUGGUUUUAAAAUCUAGUUCACCACAGAAGGACUUGGCAGGUAGCAUAUCUGUUAAUAAAUAUAAUCAGAUCGACACCCAGCAAGUACAAGCCAUCGUGCCAGCAGAGCAAUGGAAGACAAUAGAAUUGCCAAUUAACAAGACUGUGCCAGCAAGCAUAUUAGAAAUAAUAAACCCUAACUUGUUUUAUGCUGUCCCAAGUGAGAUGCCAGAAAAUCGAGGAAAACUAUGUAGAUUGACAGCUGAAUUGUUAGAAUAUUGCAGUGCUCAGAAAGGGCAACCAUCCUACAGACCAAAAAUUGGAGAUGCAUGCUGUGCCAAAUACACAAGUGAUGACUUCUGGUACCGGGCCAUUGUUCUGGACACAUCAGACUCUGAUGUGAAAGUGCUCUAUGCAGAUUAUGGGAACAUUGAAACUCUACCUCUCUCCAGAGUGCAGCCCAUUUCUGCCAGCCACCUGGAGCUGCCCUUCCAGAUUAUUAAAUGCUCACUUGAAGGGCUGAUGGAAUUGAAUGGAAGCUGUUCUCGGUUUAUGAUAGAGCUACUUAAAAACUUCAUGUUGAAUCAGAAUGUAAUGCUUUCUGUGAAAGGAGUUCAUAAGAAUAUUCACACGGUGUCAGUUGAGAAAUGUUCCGAGAACGGUACUAUCAGUAUAGCUGAUAAGCUGGUGAUGUGUGGUCUGGCAGAAAACAUCACAUCUAAAGGGAAAAGUGCUGUAACUAAAGAAACAACUCAUAGCAUGAAUUGCUGCUGCACAGAGCUAAAAAAACAGAUUGAAAAGCAUGAACAGAUUCUUCUCUUCCUCUUAAACAAUCCAACCAACCAAAAUAAAUUUAUUGAAAUGAAAAAGCUGUUAAGAAGCUAA